AGAAAUCGGAUCUGUCUGGACGAUCUGCUGCCGGUGCUCGCGUUACGGUCUUUUUUUCUGUUGUUUUGCAUUUCUACUCUUUGCUGCUCGAUAGCGGAACCACGACCAUUAAUGGUGUCCGGUUGUAGUGUGUGAGUGGUUGGUUCAAAGUGUGCGUGUGAGUGUUGCUUAUCGCAGUACGCCGAAGGCUUUCGCGAAGCAUUUCUCCUGCGAUCAUGCGCACCUGAAUGCUGUACACGAAGGAACAAUAAAUUCCUGCGGUCUGUGUUCGAGAAGAAAAUAAAAAAAAACAAAGAUUAACACAUACGCACGCCAGUGUACAUCAUCAAUCGUCGUUGUCAAAGGAAAAGAAAAUAUUUUCACCUGAAAAAGAGAAAGAUGUGUGAUGGAACGAAAUCGCCGCCAUCGGCGCUGCGUGACGAUGGUAACGCAUAUGUGUCACCUUACCAGUAGGCCUGAAUACGUGAAAAUGUGACGUGAUCUUACUUGUAAUUGAGUUAAGAAAAAAAAAAUCUGACGAAAAAAGUUACGAAUCCUGGGGCACGCCAUCGUGAUCAAUGUGAGAGUGAGCGGAUUUCAAACGAAAGGAAAACAUCACAAAGUGAAAAAAGUCACCCCGGAGGUUGGUCGAGUUGGGCUCGAUUGUAGCAGCAGCAAGCAGCUAAGCGGUCUUAUGCAAAUGAGAAGGUGUUUGUGCUUGAAGCUGGCUCUGUGGCAGAGUUUCGAUAAGUGUAGUGGGUGAAUUGAAAGUGAAAGAAACAGCAGAAAAAGGGAAGUUAGCACGCCGCAAAAACGUUCGACGGUGUGAUCGGUGGUGAUCUUGAGGUAAAAGUGAAACUAUCCAAAGCGAAGGAAUUCGAUCGGGUUCGAAGUGUAGACAGCGAAAGAGACACGAACAACAACAGAGGGACAGCUUCGAUUGUACGGCAUCCUGCGGAUCGGAGCGUUGACUUCUUCAUUCCACACGUACGCAAUCAGCAUCCAUUCACAACAGUGAGCGUCUCGCUUCAACCGGAUCCACUUAGCGAGAGGAAUAGCGGUAAUUCGUUCCAAUGAAGUCCUCGGAAGAUGAUCAUCGACCAUCGCGGCGAAAGAAUCAGCUCGAACACACCGAUUAUCGGCAUCGAAGCAGCCGCCAGCAGCAGCAGUAGUAGGAUUAUCUGUGCCUCUGUUUGCAUCGUCAUCAUCGUUCGCAUCCCGAUCGUGGCCCCACAACGAAACACGAACACGACGAAGCGAAAGAUUGCCAUUAAACCAAAAAAUUGUAUAAUAAUAACUAUAUAAACCAACGAAAACUUGCGGAAGGAAGGAAACAAUGAUUUCAACAUGAAAUUGUUUCACAAUAGAAUCGUCAGCGAACAAUAAAUCGGAAACGAGAGGGAAAAUUAAUUUAUUGAAAGCGAAAUCGGGUCGCCCGAUAGGAGAGUAACAAUAAAAAAUUAGCAAUAAUCUGCAAAGCGGAGAAAAUUUGCAGCACACUUAAAAUGUCAUCCACACGAAUUAGUUUAGCGAUGCUCAUGCAUCGAGCGUACGUCUGCGGCCUGAUAGGGCUGCUGGCGGUGUCGCAGCUCACCUACGUGACUAGUUGCAACUCAGAAGACUGCAGCGAAACUGUCGCCAGUAAAUCGAAAAGAUCGGCCAUGCCGAUACUGAACGACAUCGGUGGUGCUGGGAGAAGCAAAGACUUUCUAAUAUUCGAAAACAAUCAAGUCGAUCAGGACGUCAAAUCAUUAUCGUCGUCAUCCUUGACUGCACAGACGAGGCAGCGAAGCGCGAAGGACCUACUGGAUGAUUCAUUCCAAUUCAACAAGAACAUCGCGAUGAAUCUCACCGGUAAAUCACCGAAAGCGCCACCAUUUAUCGUUGCUAAUAACAUCAACGGACGGCAGAACUCGAACCCGGAUAUUCAAGAUAUUAUAACGGGGAUCGUCAAGUUGCUGAAUGGGAAUGUAAAUGUUCAUGCCAAUACUCAGCCCACUAGAAGACACUCGGCGACGAGAAUCAACAACCGUGGCCCACCGAGAAUAUCCGAAGCUCAACCCGUUCCCAAUGAGUACGAGAUAGAUCUUAACGUACCACCGACUUCUUCGAAACCACCGUACACAUUUGAGCGGCCGGAAGCCCCAGUUAGACCGUUCCUCACGGGAGUGCCUCUUCCGGAACAGAUCGUUCCUUCAAUGCAGCAAACUUACCGUCCCGGAUUCGUAUCUCAAAAUAGACCACCAUGGCAAAGGCCCAAACCACGACCCCCGAUCUCACCAAAUCGCAGGCCAAUGCCUCCUUAUAAACCUUUCCCUACCCAAGUUGAGUAUGGCAAACCAGAUAUGGAGUACAAUCCUGUGACAGUAGCACCCAGUGAAAGCAAUUCUAUAAGUGAAACUACUGAGAAAUUCUUCUUUGGAGAGGAAACCGAUUCGGGGCCCAAAACAACGACUACCACAACUACCGUCGAAGAAAUCCACGAAACAACUACCGACGCGAUCGUGGAAGUUGAAGUAAAGAAACCGGUGAAGAAGGUUGAUAAACAUUACACUAAAAGUACCACAGUUUCAGAGGUGCGAUACACAAUCGAGACAGCGACCAGUACAAAUACUGAAAUCAAUCCAUCACCAACCUCGCCAAUUCCGUUCCAAACCGAAGUGCCAAGUGUCUACGAGAUAAACUCCAUCGAGUAUCUUCCUUCCGCAACGGAAACCACAGGAAGUUUCCUGCUGGAACCGUCAACCAGCGGUGCAGCUUCAACUGCACCCAAGGAGGUGAUAACCCCAACGAAAACGCUAUUAACAACUUCGAUCUUAACUAGUUCCGCCACCACCACCAGUAAAACAACAAGUUCAAUAACGACUUCAUUUACAGUGGUAGAACACAGCAGUGAGGAAACAACGGUCAGUUCUGAUACUCCAACGCCUUCAUUAACAACAACGGCAACAACAACAACAUCGUCAACCCACUCAACUACGGACUACCGAUUCCAUCCCCGUCCGGGUAUCGUUCUCGACGACCCUGAUUUCAAACCCGGUGGCAAUCAUCCAAUGCGUACGCAAAACCUGUACGUCUCGAAACCGGAGAUUCACUCAUCCACCGGGGUGCAACUGCCCAACUACGGGGAAAUAUUCGACGUAACUUUAUCCGCUAUCCAAGGUCCGGCUGGUUCCGGUUCAAAGCAAACAGUCAAGCUGCCCAAUCCCUACUAUAAUCGACCUCAAAAUAACAAUAACAACAACCAACAAGAGGCAAGCAUCAUCCUGACGGCCAGCGGAAGCGAAGGUUUCGUCUCGAUCGAUGGUAAGCGGUCGUACAUCGAUCUGUUUGGUGAAUCAAAAACAGCCCCGCCAACAUCAACUAGCGAGCAAAUUAAUCCAGCCAAAACACUAAGCCCCGGUAUGACCGGCACGGGAUACGCCGUAGCCGAAACGGAACCACCGGCAUCGCAGUCACCGACCGAUGCUACAGCACCCCAUCCUCCGGUACCGUCCCAGCAAUCGCCACCACAUCGGGCGGUUCAUCAUCGACCCAAGUACCCGCUGCCACCGGUUCGAAUCGACACCUGCAUCGUGGGUGAUGAUACGACCUGCGACCAGGCGCAGAACGAACGCUGCAAGACCGAGAACGGUGUCUCAAGUUGCCACUGUCGACCCGGCUUUGCCAGACGGAAACAUCGCGAACCCUGUCGGCGUAUCGUCUCGCUGAUGCUGUCGAUGCGGGUGGACAAAAUCUACGAGCGGCGUAUCCAGUGGGACAAUCUGCUGGCCAGCCGGGAAAGCGAACGCUUCCAGCAGCUCAGUUACGAAGCGGUGCGAGCGAUGGAUUCCGCCAUGUCGAUGACGCCAUUUUCCGACGAGUUCAUGGAGGCACGGGUAAACGGAAUCUACACCACAAAUCCAGCCUCACAGGGAAUAAAAGGAGUGUUUGUGAAUUACACGAUCAGUCUGGACGAGAAUGCGGAGACUCUGCGACCUCAGCUUAAAUCCGACAUCCAGCGGCACCUGCUUGGAGUGCUUCAUCGGCGCAAUAACAAUAUCGGUAACUCCGCCCUGUACGUGGACAGUCCGACCGGAGCCGUUUCGAGUGUGCAGGAUGUGGAUGAGUGCAUUUCGGACGAUCUAAACGAUUGCGACGAGGAGGCCAGCUGUACCAACAUGUUCGGCACGUUCCGGUGCGAGUGCGGUUACGGUUUUCGUGAUCCCUGGGCGGACCAGCCGCAGCGAUCGGGACGGGAAUGUCUGUCCUGUCCGGACUCGUACUGCAACAACCGGGGCACUUGUAUGUACGAUAAUUCCAACAACAAACAGAUUUGCAGGUGCCUGGGAAGCUAUUACGGUACGCAGUGCGAAAUCGACGGCGAGGUGCUCGGUGUGGCUGUGGGAGCCUCGGUAGCUGCGGUGGUGAUCAUUGUACUGACGCUGAUCUGUUUGAUCAUGUGGAGCCGCAAAUGGCAACGUGAGCACAAGAACGCCAUGGGCAGCCCCGUUUUCGGUUACAUGGGUGGCGGCCAAGUCAAGACGCCGGUAAUGGGACAAGCUCCCUAUCAGGUCACGCUGGAGGAUCGCAUGCGGUGGGCCCAGAUAGCGGACGUAAUGGCACAGGCAAAUCAUUACGCGGCCGAACCAGUGGCACCGCCCCGACCAGGCUCGGCUAUGUUUGGCUAUCCGACAAUGCAAACCAUCGGCAACAUGAAUACGCUGAGUAUGCACGGAACAUUACCACCGAUGCACGCCGGAUCGCUUCCGCCGGUUCCUCUUCCAAGUCCAAUGAACUUCUAUCCCAACAGAGGACUCGGUCUCAAUCGGAACGGCAUGCGGACGCUGGAAAACUCAAGUUCCAGCGAGGAGGAAGAUCGGGCCGAUCUGCUCGGCAGAAACUUCAACGUGCCACGUCCCAAAAGCCGAAGUAAUGCCAGCGUUACUUCUGGAAUCUACUACGACGUGGACUACGCACCGACCGGAGCCGAACAACUGUACGGCAUGGGAAGUACCCUCGGCGGUAGCACACCGGUGCCGAGUUCCAAGGCCCAGAGUAACAUACCAAUGAGUACGUACACAUCGAAUAGCCGACCGGUGCAGACUACUUAUUACAAGUGAAAAAGAAUUAAAGAAAAAAAAAACAUAGUUCUUUUAAGACUCAAACAAAAAUAUUUUAGACGAACAAAUCCCAGUAAGAACAAGCUCGAGCGUGUUCAGUCAGAAUAAGUGAAACCUACUACUACCCGCUAUGGUCAAGGAAUCUCACAGACUGUUGAGAAGUGUAAAGCCUCUUUCAUAUUUCUGAAAAUUUUAGUUUUAUACGUUAGGCUUGUAUAAUCACUAAAAUUCUAUAAAUAGAAAAAAAAACUUCUCUUAGAUUAACCUCUGAUUUGGCGAAUUAGACGAAAAAAAAGUUGUACAGAUUGCGAAAUUUUAUUUUAAGAGCGUGAACACUUGAUAGCGAAAGAGAAAAUAAACAUAAAUUAGAGUAAAAUUUUAGGCUUACUCAAAACUAAUAGAGAUCCCAUCCUGAGCUUUAGGUUGGCGAAUUAGUAGACAUGCUUUUUCCCGUAGCUUUAGAUGAGAACAAAAAGAUAUUGCAGCAAGUAUUACUAAUAAAGAAAAGCUAUGAAACGUGUUAAUCAAAGAA